AGAAGAAAGAAGAAAAACCACAACACAACAGAGAAACACGUAUAGAGGGAAAGAGAAACUUGCGAGAAAAAAUAAGAAAAGAAAGCAGUUUUGAUCCUGGUGUUUUCUCGCCUGGAUUUUAUAAGAAUAAAGAAUAAGCUGCACGGAAUUUAAAAGUCGCGAGAACUAAUAUAAGGUCGAAGAACAAAGAGAUAAAGAAAAAGAAGAAAAAGAAGAAAAAGGAAAAGGAAAAGCCGAUAGGCCGGAUUAAUCUCGGUCCGGAAUCAUAUUUGAAUCUCGGUAGAAGAGAUAAAAGCAAACGAGAAAGAAUUCCGUACGGGUAUAAUGAAGCGCAUCAAAUGCUGCGUACUGAAUUCGUUGGCUUGUCAGUGCCGGUGAAUGUGUCGCCAGGAGGCAGAGUUCUGCCGGUAUGACGUGCGACGCGGCCACGGAGUCGCCUCCGGUAGACGAGUGCCUCAAGGUACGGAAAUGGUGGUGCUUCUUACUAUCAAGCAUAUUCACCUUCCUGGCGGGGCUCCUCAUCGUCUUACUCUGGCGGGCCUUCGCUUUCCUCUGCUGUCGAAAGGAGCCAGAAUUCGCUCCAAAUGACCCCAAGCAGAAGGAGCAGAAGGCCGCCCGCCAGGGGAAGGAGUUCGAGGGCACCUUCAUGACCGAGGCGAAGGACUGGGCCGGCGAACUGAUAUCCGGACAGACGACGACGGGACGCAUUCUCGUGGUCCUUGUCUUCAUACUUAGUAUAGCAUCGCUCAUAAUAUACUUCAUCGACGCUUCCAACGAGGAGGUGGAACGGUGCCAGAAGUGGAGUAACAACACUACUCAGCAGAUAGACUUAGCUUUCAAUAUAUUUUUUAUGGUCUACUUUUUUAUACGCUUUAUCGCCGCCAGUGACAAGCUGUGGUUCAUGCUAGAGAUGUACUCGUUCGUCGACUACUUUACGAUACCACCGUCUUUCGUCUCGAUUUACCUCGACCGGACGUGGAUAGGACUGAGGUUCCUUCGAGCCCUUCGACUGAUGACCGUUCCCGACAUCCUACAGUACCUAAACAUAUUAAAGACGUCGAGCUCCAUUCGUCUCGCUCAGCUCGUGUCGAUUUUCAUCUCCGUAUGGUUAACUGCCGCCGGAAUCAUUCACCUGCUUGAAAAUUCUGGAGAUCCGUUCGAGUUCACGAAUCCACAGCAGCUGUCUUAUUGGACCUGCGUUUACUUCUUGAUCGUUACGAUGUCGACGGUUGGAUACGGCGACGUUUACUGCCAGACCGUUCUCGGGCGUACAUUCCUAGUGUUUUUUCUACUCGUCGGUCUGGCCAUAUUCGCCAGUUGUAUCCCCGAGAUAAUUGACCUGAUCGGGACGCGAAACAAGUACGGUGGCACAUUGAAGAACGAGCGAGGUCGCAGACACAUUGUUGUUUGCGGUCACAUCACCUACGAGUCUGUGUCCCACUUCCUCAAGGACUUUCUUCACGAGGAUCGCGAGGACGUCGACGUAGAGGUUGUCUUCUUGCACAGGAAACCGCCGGACCUAGAGCUGGAGGGACUGUUCAAACGACACUUCACCACCGUCGAGUUCUUUCAGGGGACCAUCAUGAACCCCAUUGACCUUCAACGGGUCAAGGUUCACGAGGCGGACGCUUGUCUGGUACUUGCGAACAAGUACUGCCAGGAUCCGGACGCCGAAGACGCGGCAAACAUAAUGCGCGUCAUCUCCAUCAAGAAUUAUUCCGACGACAUACGCGUCAUUAUUCAGCUAAUGCAAUACCACAACAAGGCCUAUUUACUCAACAUUCCAUCAUGGGAUUGGAAGCAGGGUGACGACGUUAUCUGCCUGGCCGAACUGAAGUUGGGUUUCAUUGCUCAAUCCUGCCUAGCACCAGGUUUCAGCACUAUGAUGGCCAACCUCUUCGCCAUGCGCUCCUUUAAGACGUCGCCGGAUACUCAAGCGUGGCAGAACGAUUACCUGCAAGGCACGGGCUGCGAGAUGUACACGGAAACCCUCUCCCCGUCCUUUACCGGGAUGACUUUUCCCCAAGCCAGCGAGUUGUGCUUCACGAAAUUGAAGCUAUUGCUGCUGGCAAUCGAGAUCAAGGGGGACGCCGGGAACGAUAGCAAGAUUUCGAUCAAUCCACGCGGAGCAAAGAUCGCGGCGAACACUCAGGGAUUUUUUAUUGCUCAAUCAGCCGACGAGGUGAAGCGAGCGUGGUUUUACUGCAAAGCUUGCCACGACGACAUCAAAGAUGAGACUUUGAUCAAGAAAUGCAAAUGCAAAAACUAUGUGGGGAUGAUGAUGAUGCAGACUGGCAUGGUGAAGGGGGGCUCUGCCUACCGCAGUUACCUUGACGUGGCCACAUUCCGGAAGGGCGUGAGGGCUGUUCAGAUGGUCGGACGAGCAAGUGAGGACUUCUCGUAUGCAAACGACCACCAUCCUCCCCCCACAUUCACUCCGCCAGAACUACCCAAGAUGGUUCACGUGCGAGGUGAGAUAAGCCGAGAACGAGACGAUCUGAACGCGAUGAGAAAUCAUCGAAAUUCGGUCGGCAUGACGCUGAUGAACUCGACGAAGCAAGUCAACAAGGUGAAGCCGAACGUCAACAGAACGCCAAACGACAGCUUGUCCAGUCCGAAUCAGUCGUACAACAAUCAGAGAUCGCAAGAGGAGUCUGCAUACUCUGGUUACCAUCUCGCCUACGAAGUCAAAAAACUCAUGCCGACGAGUCGAGGCUCAGGCGGCAACAACGUGAACAACAACGGGGGUCUCCAGGUCGGGAUAGCCGACGACCAGGCGAAGGACUUCGACUUCGAGAAGACGGAGAUGAAGUACGACUCGACCGGAAUGUUCCACUGGAGCCCGGCGCGAAACCUCGAAGACUGUAUCCUGGACCGGAACCAGGCGGCCAUGACGGUCCUCAACGGGCACGUCGUCGUCUGCCUCUUUGCCGAUCCGGACUCGCCCCUGAUCGGACUGAGAAACCUAGUAAUGCCACUGAGAGCUUCCAAUUUUCACUACCACGAGCUUAAACAUGUAGUUAUAGUCGGCGCCGUUGACUAUAUACGGCGGGAGUGGAAGAUGCUGCAGAAUCUACCCAAGAUAUCGGUCCUGAACGGUUCGCCGCUCAGUAGAGCGGACCUCAGGGCCGUGAAUGUCAACCUUUGCGACAUGUGCUGUAUUCUGUCGGCUAAAGUGCCUAGCAACGAUGACCCCACCCUUGCUGACAAGGAGGCCAUCCUUGCAUCCCUCAACAUCAAGGCCAUGACCUUCGACGACACUAUCGGCGUACUGAGCCAAGUUGGCAGUCCGAUAGUUCUACAAAGAAGAGGAUCCGUCUACGGUGCCAACGUGCCGAUGAUCACCGAAUUGGUGAACGAUAGCAACGUCCAGUUUCUCGACCAGGACGACGACGACGAUCCGGACACUGAACUUUACCUGACGCAGCCUUUUGCCUGCGGCACGGCCUUCGCAGUCAGCGUUUUGGAUUCCCUCAUGUCGACGACGUACUUCAAUCAGAACGCGUUAACGUUGAUUCGAUCCCUCAUCACCGGAGGGGCGACACCCGAGCUGGAACUGAUUCUGGCCGAAGGUGCUGGACUCAGAGGAGGAUACAGCACGGCGGACAGUCUUUCGAAUCGGGACCGAUGCAGGGUGGGUCAAAUAUCGUUGUACGACGGGCCGUUGGCCCAGUAUGGCGAAGGUGGCAAGUACGGCGACCUCUUUGUCGCGGCAUUAAAAUCGUAUGGAAUGCUGUGCAUUGGUCUGUACAGGUUUCGCGACACGAGUUCGUCCUGCGACGCAUCUUCUAAACGAUACGUCAUCACCAAUCCACCUGACGACUUUACUCUGUUACCAACGGAUCAGGUAUUCGUUCUAAUGCAGUUCGACCCGGGUCUGGAGUACAGGCCGAACAGAGGAGCCCGAGGGAAAGAUGACGCCUCCUGACUGUUGCUGUGUAGCGCCCUCACCGACGGACCUUACUCCUACAUCUAAUUGAAACUGGUUGAAAUCGCGUCCGAUAUCUUCCCCGUUAUUUCAUCUGUAUACAUAUAU